AUGUCUCCCAAAUCCUCCGACUUGGGUGGUAUCGUUUGGGAGCAUGCGCUCCAAAUCCUGCUCAGUAAUUUCGGCGGACAUGCGCUUCUCACGUGCAUCGCACGGACGCACUCGACUGUCACUUCGUCAAACACAAUGAGGCUGUCUGAGAUACGUGCUCGGUCAACUGCACUCAAAAUACUACGCGAGGAGAUCCAAGAGCGAGGGCCGAGUCCUGAUGCUCUCAACUGCAUUCUACUGAUGUUCAAUACAGAGAUUCUGGCGAAGGACCACCAGGCAGCGUUGAGCCAUUCCAUGUUUCUCGCUGCUCAUGUGUUCAGUGCGGCGCAUCUGGACUACCCAACGAUCAAUUCUGACAUCCUUCGCCAUGUGUAUCUCACCUCCGAAAUACAGCGUGCCACACAGACCUUCACAAGGCCUGUCAUUGAUCUCGCGCUUUACGAUGACUGGCUUACGAAACUCGACGACGAGCAAAUCUAUCCACCGUUUGUGCCGAGUCCUGAGAAACUUGAUCAUACAGACACGAAGGCGCUUGAGGAUGUAUAUCUUGCGGAGCUUUUCACAGAGGCUCGACACUACCACAACCUACUCAGCAUGCCGUUAGCUCAGCACAUCCCAUCCAUGAAGCUGUCAGUGCGCCUGCUGCUGCUUUGCGGACGACUCCUUCUGUAUGCACAGCGUGUGAUCGGUGCUCUUACGCUCUCGCGGUGUACUGCAAUACAAGCCUUUAGCUGCAGACAACGCGCUGCAGCUGCCAUAGCGGCCUUAUGGUGGCUGAGAUCGCUGACGCGAUUUGAGCCAGGACAUCGGUCCAACCGCACGCCGACGACGCUUGAGCUAUGUGUAACAGACGGCAUGCACUUGGCUCAGAUCAUGAAGACCUUGAUGGAGGAGAGUGAACCAGCCGUACCUCUUCGAUUGUUCAAAGGAAAGUUUGAUGUCGAUAGGAAGGCCUACAAAUUUCCGGCAAGCUUGCGCCUUCGCAUGUGGAUUCACUACAUUGGCAGCACCAUCGAGGAAGGGAUCCCACCGGCCAAUGACGACAAGUGGUCGCAGAUGUACCACCAUCAGCGCCUAAAUUACUAUCGCACAAGGUCUGGCCUUGCUCAGGAUGGAGCGGUGGAGACGGACGUAUAUGGAUUGAUGCUGGGCAGAUUCUUGCCUUAUCAGACACAGAUGACUAUGGGGCCGACAUGGUUGUCUCUCGUCCCUAGGUUCUGCAUUGCACCCCGAAGCUCUCACAGAGACUCAGCCUAUAUGUAG